AUGCUGACAUUGCUGAUCGUCCUUUCGGUCGUGCUGACAGUCGGGUCAGCACAGACCAAUCCCAGACAGUUCCCGGAGGGUUUCUUGUUGGGCACUGCCACGGCAGCCUAUCAGGUCGAAGGUGGCUGGAAUGCGGACGGUAAAGGAGAAAGCAUUCAGGAUGUCUUUUUCCACAACAACCCGGAACUGACUGCCGAAGGUGACAAUGGAGAUGUAGCUUGUGAUUCUUAUCACAAAUACAAGGAGGACGUGCAGAUGCUGAAGGCGUUAAACGCGGACGUGUACCGGUUCUCGAUCUCCUGGUCACGUGUGCUGCCGAACGGGGACCUCGACGUCAUCAACCAGGCUGGCAUCGACUACUACAACAACCUCAUCAACGAGCUGCUCGCUAACGGAAUUCAGCCUGUCGUGACAAUGUACCACUGGGAUCUUCCACAAGCGUUGCAAUACAUUGGUGGCUGGGCCAACGAAUUGAUGGCUGACUACUUCGUGGAGUAUGCCCGGCUACUCUUCGAGAACUUCGGUGACAGGGUGAAAUGGUGGAUCACAUUCAACGAGCCCUCCGUCUUCGUGAACGGGUAUUCGUACCCGCUGGUGGCGCCUGCACAGACUGCUCCGGGCAUCGGCGACUACCUGGCCACACACACCGUCAUCAAAUCCCACGCACGGGUCUGGCACCUGUACGACGAGGAGUACAGAGCCUCGCAAAACGGUAGCGUGGGAAUAACUAUUAAUAUGGACGUGCUUGCAGCACGUUCCAAUUCUACAGAAGAUUUAGAAGCAAGUGAAAGAGCGCGACAGUUUCAGUUUGGUAUUUUCGCACAUCCCAUCUUCACUGAGGAGGGUGAUUACCCGGCUGUGGUGCGGCAGAGGAUAGAUGCGAACAGCGCAGCUGAGGGACGACCGCGCUCACGACUGCCAUCCUUCACACAGGAAGAGGUCGAGUACAUUAGAGGUUCAGCAGACUUCCUAGGACUGAAUAACUACUGGACGAACUAUGCGUAUUCAAUACAAAUACCCAUUAAGCCUUCUAAAAUAUAUGACUCCGGCGUCAUCACUAUUACUGGUGGGAGAUAUCCUUGGGGAUUCCGAGAAUUACUGAACUGGGUUGCUAACGAGUACCCUGGAUACCCAAUUUUCGUGACAGAGAAUGGUCUGUCGAACUCAGGAGGACUAAAUGAUACGGACAGGAUCGAAUACUUCAUCGGUUACAUGGGAACCCUACUGGAAGCUAUAUAUACUGACAAUAUUCCAGUGAUCGGAUACACGAUAUGGAGUCUGAUGGAUACUCUGGAAUGGCGUUAUGGUUUCACAGGCGUGUUGGUCUACGGGAACGCAACGAGCUCGUCCCGCACAAUGUGGCGCUUCUUGAUGACGCUGUCAUGCUGCCUGCUCGGCGUCUACUGCCAACAGGUCAACAAGUUCCCAGAGGGUUUCCUUCUGGGGGCAGCAACAGCGUCCUACCAGGUGGAGGGCGCUUGGAAUGAAAGUGGUAAAGGAGAGAAUAUUUGGGAUCGACUGACCCACGAGCACCCAGACUGGAUAGCUGACAGUUCCAACGGCGACGUUGCCUGCGACUCCUACCACAAGUACCAGGAGGACGCGGAGCUGGUAGCUAACCUCGGGUUUGAUGUUUACCGCUUCUCCCUGUCAUGGUCGCGGUUGUUACCAUCCGGAGACUGGGACGCAGUAAACCCAGCGGGGAUAGAAUAUUACAACAACCUCAUAGACGCUCUGCUGAAAAGGGAUAUUCAGCCCUUAGUGACGCUCUUCCAUUGGGACCUCCCACAGAAACUGCAAGACAUCGGUGGAUGGCCCAAUCCCAGGAUCGCUGACUACUUCGAAGAGUAUGCGAGACUGGCUUUCGAGAACUUCGGCGACAGAGUUAAACUGUGGCUCGGGUGGUUUGCGCACCCCAUAUUCUCGGAAGAGGGAAACUACCCCGCAAUUAUGAUAGAGCGGGUAGACAAUAACAGCUUGGAGGCAGGCAUCUGGAUAUCACGGCUGCCGAAGUUCACUGCUCAGGAAAUAGAGGAUCUGAAAGGAUCUGCGGACUUCUUUGGUCUCAACCACUAUUCUACUCACCUAGUAACGGAUGGUUUGUCUGGUCAGGAACCGUCCAUCCUGCGUGAUACGGGAGUAAUCAAGACUGUAGACCCAAGCUGGCCCGAGUCCGCAUCUUCUUGGCUGAAGGUCGUUCCCUGGGGUUUCCGUAAGCUGCUUAACUGGAUUGCAAGAAACUAUAACAACCCACCUGUUUUCGUAACUGAAAACGGUUUCUCAGACAGAGGAACACUGGAUGACACGGACCGCCAAGAAUAUUAUAAGCAAUACCUGGCACAAUUGCUGAUGGCCGUAAACAUCGACGGAAACAACGUCAUUGGUUACACAGCAUGGAGCUUAUUGGACAACUUCGAAUGGAUGAGCGGCUACACGGAGAAAUUUGGUAUCUACCACGUGGACUUCGAAAGUCCCAACAGGACACGCACUCCCAAAGGGUCUGUGGAGAUGUUCCAGAACAUUACGGCGACGCGCGAGAUCCCAGAGAGCUACUUCAACUCUACUACAUCGAACGAAACGUCUGGUGCGAUGGGGCUCGGAGUGCACCUCUGGGUAGCAGCGUUGAUCGCUGUUGUCCAACUGAUGUUUGGGGUUUUCAUUUAA